GGCGUGCGCGUCCCCGCGCCGAGCCCAGCCGGAAGCGAAGGAAGGCGGCCGGGUAGUGCCUGAAGGUUCCCCGCGGCUCCCGCCUCGAGCCUGGGGAGCCCGGACGACGCUCGCCGUGGCGGCUGGGCCCCGUGGCGUGAGGCGGGGCGGGGACAUGGGUCCUAGGAGAAUCGGGACCGGCCGGAGGCCCCGUAGGUUUCACGGGCAUUAGGGUGGGCGACCCAAACAGGCGUGGAGCACGCCCGCGUCGUUAGGGAGGAAGGAGCGGCGUCCCUGGUUACGGGUUCAGGCAAAGGGCAAAGGGCAGCGUCCCGGGUGAGCUAGAGCCCAGGCUUAGGGAUGGCGGCGUCGGGGGAGCCCGCGAGGCCCUGGCAGGAGGAGGAGGCGGCCGCCGUGGUGGUGGUGGGUUCCUGCAUGACCGACCUGGUCAGUCUUACUCCUCGCUUGCCGAAAACUGGAGAAACCAUCCACGGACAUAAGUUUUUCAUUGGCUUUGGAGGAAAAGGUGCCAACCAGUGUGUCCAAGCUGCUCGGCUUGGAGCAAAGACGUCCAUAGUCUGCAAGGUUGGCAAAGAUUCUUUUGGCAAUGAUUACAUAGAAAACUUAAAACAAAAUCAUAUUUCUACAGAAUUUACGUAUCAGACCAGAGAUGCUGCCACAGGAGCUGCUUCUAUAAUUGUCAACGAUGAAGGCCAGAAUAUCAUCGUCAUAGUGGCUGGAGCAAACCUGCUUUUGAAUACUGAAGACUUGGAGAAGGCAGCCAGCGUCAUUAGCAGAGCCAAAGUGCUGAUCUGCCAACUCGAAAUAAGCCCAGCGACGUCUCUGGGAGCUCUGACAAUGGCCCGCAGCAGUGGAGUGAAAACAUUGUUCAAUCCGGCUCCCGCCAUUGCUGACCUGGACCCCCAGUUCUACGCCCUCUCCAGUGUGUUCUGCUGCAAUGAAAGUGAGGCCGAGAUUUUAACGGGCCUCGUGGUGAACAACCCAACCGAGGCCGGGAAGGCUGCACUGGUUCUCCUCGAACGGGGCUGCCAGGUCGUGGUCAUCACCUUAGGGGCUUCAGGGUGUGUGACACUGUCACAGGCGGAACCUGUACCAAAGCACAUCCCCACAGAAGCAGUCAAGGCUGUGGACACCACGCCUGUGACCUGCUGGAUUCGUCUCAGGUUCUGUCAUUUAGUCUCACAAGCUGAUCUGCAGUGAAGGAAAACCAUUUCCUGAUUAGCGCUCACUCAGACCUAAGGGGCUAUAAACCCUUGCUCAGACAUGCUGCCUCUGCUGGCCUCCCUGGGACGCUCAGUGCUGGUCUAUGUGGGUGGACAGCGUGUGAUUAGCAGAGCUCUCAUGAGACAUGAGCGCCACACCAGAAGCCUCCAUCUCAGACCUGUGCAUCUCAGGCCUUUAAGAAGGAAGCUUAAACAUUUACCAUGACACCACCCAUUAAGCAGCACAGAAAAUCAGAGAGAAAAUCCCCCAAGCCAGCUGAAUCUCCAGAAACCAAGAUUGACCAACCAGACCAGUUAACGUUGAAAAGUGUAGGGUGGGUUUUCACUUCCCAGAUUAGCGGUCACAGCAGUUUACCACAGCAAACCCCCGGAGCAUCGCUAGCUUCAGUUGAAAACCUCACAGGCUUUUGAUGACAAUCUGAGGAAGAAGGACAGAAAACCUUUUCUGCAAUGUUCGUGAGGAAUGAUGUUUCCGAAACUAGUUCCCGCUGGAUCAACAGCGGCCUCACUUUCAUACGAAAUGCCCCGAAAGGAAUAUGGUUAAAAA